UGGUAAUUGCUAAUCAACUUUAGGUAUGGAUGGAGAUGAUCUUACACAAACAAACAAGAACUUUCGAGAGUUUCACAAACCAUCGCUAGUCGCUACAAUACGGCUCAGGGUACGAGGUAGGUCAUUCCUCCAAGUCAAACCAUACCAUCCGCGGAACCGGAGAAGAGUCGAAUUGACUACCGUAACUGGGUUUAGUUGAUUCCAGACUUGUGUUUGUUUGAAUUUGAGUACGGGUCUGUUGAUUGACUUUAACCGCGCCGCAAAUCUACUUCAAGGCUACAGAAGGACUCUGGUCAGUUGUGUAAUCAUGUUAGCGUGAAACCAGCCGGGCCGGAAUCAUAGGAGGAGGAGGAAAUGGAGCUGAUUAACAUUUGAUGUGGGCGGAGCAACUGGAUAGCUUGCCGCCGCUGGUGUUUGGUUGCUAGAGAAGAACUGAAAUGGAAGCAGUAGCGGAAGGGCUAUGGGGACUGGCGGACUACCACGAGAAGGAAGGGGAGAUAGCCAAGUCCAUAAAGUGUUUGGAAGCCAUUUGCCAGUCCCAUGACUCCUUCUUGCCAAUCAUCGAGGUCAAGACCCGUCUUCGACUUGCCACUCUCCUUCUCAAGCAUACCCACAACGCCAAUCACGCUAAAUCCCACCUCGAGCGCUCUCAGCUACUCUUGAAAUCCAUCCCUUCCUGCUUCGACUUGAAGUGUCGCACCUUCAGCUUGUUGAGCCAGUGUUAUCACCUUGUCGGCGCCAUUCAUCGCCAGAAACAGAUUCUUCACAAGGCCCUUGACCUUGCCGCUUCUGCUAAUUCAGAUGUGUCCGCAAACCUCUGGGCUUGUAACUUCAAUUCCCAGCUCGCCAAUGCUUUGAUCAUUGAAGGAGAUUGCAGCUCUGCCCUCUCUGUUUUGGAGUCUGGUUAUGCUUCUGCUACUCAACUAUAUUAUCCCCAAUUACAGAUGUUCUUUGCCACUUCGAUCCUUCAUGUGCACCUUAUGCAAUGGCCUGAUGAUAACCUAGUUCAGAGUGCUCUUCACAGAUGCGACGAGAUUUGGGGCUCGCUCUCCCCGGAUAAAAGCGCUACCCAGCAUGUGGACAAGUUGGAUGCUGCUAUGAAGGCAGACUUGCAGAAAAUGAGAGAAAUACAGCGACUGUCCAAUGAACUUAAUGCCAUCAGUCAAAGUUUGUCGCGGUCUGACCUACCAAACAGAGAGAGGUUACUACUCUCUACCAAGCAAGCCCAUCUUCAAGAUCAGAUCACAAGUCUGAGUGCAUUUAGUUCCUUCCUAGAGCAACCUCUGGAACCUGCCUACUUUGGGAAUGCAUCUCGGGCAUGGCAAGAUAAGCUUUUCCUAGCACCUCCUCCUGUUGAUGGGGAGUGGCUGCCGAAAAGUGCUGUGUACUCUCUGGUUGACCUUAUGGUGGUUGUGUUCGGCCGUCCAAGAGGGCUAUUCAAGGAGUGUGCAAAGCGGAUUCAAUCCGGAAUACAAACUAUCCAAGGAGAGCUGGCAAAACUUGGGAUCAAUGAAGGUGUUAGAGAAGUGGAUGUGCAGCACUCUUCGAUUUGGAUGGCUGGCGUGUAUUUGAUAUUGCUAAUGCAGUUACUGGAGAACAAUGUUGCCAUGGAGCUUACUCGGUCUGAAUUUGUUGCUGCACAACAGACAUUGCUGCGAAUGAAAGAUUUGUUCGUUCGCUUUCCAACUAUCUUGCAAGGUUGUGAGAGUGUUAUCGAGUUGCUCAGGGGCCAAUAUGCUCAUUACGUUGGUUGUUAUAGUGGAGCCGCUUUUCAUUUCAUCGAAGCAGCAAAGAUGACGGAGAGUAAAUCUGUGCAAGCUAUGUGCCACAUUUAUGCUGCUAUCUCUCAUUUCUGCUGUGGGGAUGCUGAAUCAUUGGCACAGGCACUUGAUCUGAUUGGACCAGUUUAUAGAAUGAAAGAUUCUUAUGUUGGGGUGCGAGAGGAGGCAAAUGUGCAUUUUGUGUAUGGCCUUCUAUUGGUCAGGCAGAAUGAUUACGAAGAAGCACGAACUAAGUUGGCUAAAGGAUUGCAGAUUGCACAUACUAGCACAGGGAAUCUUCAACUCAUUUCACAGUAUUUGACCAUUCUUGGGCAUUUGGCACUCUCCCUGCAUGACACUAUACAAGCUAGAGAAAUUCUGAGAUCUGCCCUUACGCUGGCAAAGAAGCUUUAUGAUGUCCCGACUCAGAUAUGGGUGCUUUCGGUUCUGAAAGAUUUGUAUCAAGGGUUAGGUGAGGUUGGAAAUCAGAUGGAGAAUGAUGAAUACCAGAAGAAGAAGUCAGAUGAGCUUCAAAGGAAAAUCGCUGAUGCACAAUCAUCAAUACACCACCUUGAACUGAUUGAGCUGUCAAGGUUCAAAGUCAUUGACAUGAAGCGUGGUGUGGCAGCAAGCCAAUCUAUGAGUGCCAAUCUUGACAUUCCUGAAUCUGUUGGUCUAUGGACUACUCAGCCGGGUUCGUCAUCAUCAAGGUUGCUCGAUGUCGAUAGCAGAAGACGGCCCAAGAGAAGGUGAUGUGAUUGUGAUCACAAUUAGAGGAGCGUCACUCAAAACUCUCUGGGUGUGUAAAUUAACGAUCAGCACGGCAAACCUGAACUUAUAUUUGAAGGUGUGUGCCAAGAUCUUCUUCUAGACACCAGCUCUUAGUUAGUGACCGAUUGUAUUGUAUGUAAAGUCACAGUAGCGGGAGAUAACUUGGUAAUUUGCAUGUAAAUGUAGUGCAAAUGAAAUUCUGUAUCUUUACAAAGAUCCCUGUUUUGAGCAUAGAAUACAAAUAGGGUAGUGCCCGAGUCUACUGUGAGGCAUGAAGGAAUAGAGAAAGGUGUUCGGUUUGGUGGUCAAGCAACCUCAGUCUCAGGUGUCAGUCCAGAGAUCUCUUUGAGCGGCUUCCACACAAACUGCCUCCUGUUGCCGCAUUCGGCGAUGACACGGACUUUGGGACGGAGUGUUGGAAGCAAUGCGAGGAAUUGCAGCUCAGCCUUGGAAAGAACCUGCAGAUGGAUGAAUGGGUCAUCUGGCUUUUGACGUUCUAUGUUACACAAGUAGGUGUAAUUAUGAUUGUACCUUGGCUUCGAUCACCCAGACGAUGAGGCCUUUGGCAUCUGGUGGAAGCGCAGCAAGUCGAUAGUCCACUUCAGGCGGGAAAUACCACCUGGCAAUUGGUUGCUUCCCCAGAUGUGCCUGUGGUGAAAGACGGCUGAGUGUUCAAAUUGUGAUCAGGGAAACAGAGAAAACAGCAGUAGUAGUACUAGUACUGGUACUGACGGGGCAAACGGGAUGGACUUUGGUGAGAGUGGUCUCCGGGUCGCCCAGCCCGCGAGCGGUGAGGUCCAGGAAAUAGUAGCCGUCGUAACGAAGGCGGGUGAAGUAGCGGCCCUCGUAGCCGCCCUCGUGCGGCGGGUAAAUGGCGAGAGAUUUGUGCUGUUCCACGUCCGACAGCCACUGCCCCAAAUCGAACCUCGCCAAAUCCCCACCAAUGAACUCCAAAAUCCCUCUCCCGCUGUCGUUGCGCAAGUUGCAGCGAAUUGUCGCUGCUCUCCUAGUCUGCAACGGCGCUUUCCUGCUCCAGCUCCGGCAGCCGCCACCGUCCACCAACGCCCUCUUCACUGCCGCCGGGCUGUGCCGCCGCUGCUGUACUGCAGCUUGCACCAGCUGGCAGCAAUUGGAUGCUGCUGCCAUUUUUCUUGCUCUUUCGGCCUGGCUAAUCAACUUGGAUGGCUUGUUGGCCAAAUUGGGACAAGGGCCAAACAGCAGAGCAAGUCAGAAAGACAAGCUCAGACCUCAGGGCAUCCCCAAUGCUUGUCUUUCGGGUUGGCCAUUGUUUCGUAUUUUGUAAGGUUGAGAAAUUAGUAAGAUAAGGAAAGCUGUAUCUAUAUUCUAUAAUCAGAGAGAGGUGCAUAUGGCUCAAGAUAGGGUGCAUA